GGACGCGUUCGUGAACCAGCACCACAUUAUUGCAGUUUCCUCAUUAAAGUCUGUGCUCUACAUAAUACACACUCUCUGUAAUACAUCAUGUCGGAUAAACGAAGGGCAGAAAUCGAGGCGAAAAGGGCCAAACUUGCAGAACUAAGGAAAGCCAGAGCUGACAGACAGCGGGCGGAGACAGAGAGGAGGCAAUCAGACACGGGAGGUCCUUCCAUAGCUCGCAGAGAUGUCGAUGAUCUGGUCAAUGCGUUGGUGGGAGGGCUCAGCAGCACAUCAGAUGUGACACCUUCAUCCUCACUGCCUGGUACACCUCCUCGCCCUGCCCCAAACACUCUAUCCGGAUAUUCUGCACUGUCAAUAUCGGGGAGGCUUAGCAGACAAAGUGAUGUUGGGUCUGACCGUCCUAGUAUCGGUACAACGCUCGUUCAGUCUGUUAAUUCUGCAACCGACCAUGUAAUAGAGAGGACGAUGAUUCCUCGAUUCGUUCCGGACCUUAUAGAUGUCGAACAGGAGCUGUAUGAACUGCCACAGCGGGAGCGCGUGAUAUACAACAAGGAAGUACAAACCACCGCUGUAGAAACGGAAUCACCGACGUUCCGCGAGGAAGACAUCCGACAGCAAAUCCAGCGAGACCUCGAAGCAGAGCGGAAUGCUCGCGACGACGACCUCGAGGAAGAAAGUAUACAACUUGAGAAAGAGAUCGAACAGGAGAUGCGCGAACUAACGGAAGAGGAAAGGGCGAGUAUUCUCGCCGCGCCCGAGUUCUUGGACUUUGUAGAACAGUCGUCAAAGAUUUUACAACGAGCCCUAAAUGACGGAUAUGAUUAUAUCCGUGAUUACACCAUCGGUGCUGACUCUGGGGGAGACGAUUCAGAGGGGAAACGCGUAAAACGUGUGUGUGCUUUCUACGAUGAGCGUUAUGGAAAGAAUCGUUCAGUUACAGAUGUGGAUUGGUCACCUAAAUACCCGGAGCUUAGCAUUGCAUCUUAUAACAAGAAUCCUGCAGCACUUAAUGAGCCCGAUGGGAUUGUUCUCGUCUGGAAUCUUCAUCUUCUGGAGAGACCAGAGUUUGUGUUUCACUCUCAGUCUGAUGUACUUUCGGUGACUUUUUCUCCCUUCCACUCAAACCUCGUGUUUGGCGGCACAUACUCGGGUCAAAUUCUGCUUUGGGAUACCCGUUCAAAGCACUUACCUGUGUUGAAAACUCCCCUCUCCGCUGCUGGCCAUACACAUCCUGUAUAUGCAAUGCAAAUGGUUGGAACACAGAAUGCACAUAAUUUGAUAACCAGUAGCACAGACGGAACUGUGUGUAGUUGGCUUGUGGAUAUGCUUGCUCAGCCUCAGGAAACGCUUGAAUUAGUCCAUGCCGGCCAUAACAAGACGGGAGAAGUGGCAAUCACCACGUUAGACUUCCCAGACAACGAAACGACUACGUUUUGGGUGGGAACUGAAGAAGGGAACGUGUAUCAAGCGAAUAGAUACGACCGUGCAGGAGCCAAGGCAGGGCUGAAUCAGUAUGAUAUAUACAAAGGCCACUCAGGCCCUGUGAUGGGCCUCAACUUCCAUCCACUUGUGGGACCAGUGGACUUCUCUGACUUAUUUUUGACAUCGUCUGUUGACUGGACUGUGAAGCUUUGGCGGGCCAAAUCACUUGCUAAACCAUCUACGACGGCGCACACGAUAGCACCUAUAUAUUCAUUCGACGAAGCAGAUGACUAUGUGUACGAUGUGAAAUGGCAUCCAGCACAUCCCGCCAUGUUCGGAACUGUGGAUGGAUCUGGCAAAUUUGAUCUGUGGAAUCUGAAUACGGACACAGAGGUGCCUACGGUGUCGACGAACGUUGGUUCUGGUCGUGCAAUCAACAAGCUAGAAUGGGAUCGGAAAGAUGGCCGGCGUGCGGCACUAGGAGGGAGUGACGGGAAGCUGUACGUUUACGAUAUUGGAGACAUGGGGAUACCAAGGGAGUCGGAAUGGACGGACAUGCAGAAGGCGGUUGCAGGGAUUGUUGGUGGGGGCCAGACGAAUGGGGUGGUUGACGGAGAGGCGACGCGGAUAGUUGCAGGGCGCUGAGAGGAGAGUAGGAGAUACAUUGCAUAAUUCUAUGAAUACAUCUACUUUACAAGGAA